CUAAUGAUUCUACUUUCCUUAUUUCAAAUGGAUUCAACCUCUGAUCAAGAGGUGAUAAUGUGGACCUGAGAAAAGGAUUGAAUGUGAGAAUAGAGUUUAGGGUAAUUGCUCUCUGGUUUGGAAUACUUGCAACAGACCGAAAGUCAUAGACCUCUCUAUUGUUCUGUGGCGUUUUUUGACACGUUGCUCUGAGCACGAUGAUGGAGACCAUGUGGAGACUCUUAAGGACCAGAUGUAUCCCUUUUGCUCCUCUCUUGUAAGAGACCUGUAGGAGUAAGUGUGUUGUUGUAAGGAACGUGCUGGAGGUGUAUGGGAACUGACAUAAUGAACCUGCAUGGGAACGUAUCGGAGUUGAUCUCUUCUGCCGUCAAAGCUGUAACGCUUCCACCCUUUGACCCUGAACCUUGGCCUCCCGGGUCAGAAGGACUUCUGGGAAAUGGAGGCAGGAAUUUUUCAAAUGGGUGUAGCAGGAAUGUAGGCGCCGAUGUGAAUUACUUUCCGUCAGGCAAUUGGACUCAUGGCGGUGUGGGUUACGGUGAGGAAGGGAGGAUCCUGGCAUCAUCGCGGUGUGCAACGGGGAUGAUGGCGGUAGACAAGAACUGGGCAGCAUUGCUGAUCCUGGCGGUCAUUGCCAUUACGGUGACGGGUAACAUCCUGGUCAUCAUGGCUGUGUCUCUGGAGAAGAAGCUCCAGAACGCCACCAACUAUUUCCUGAUGUCGCUGGCCGUCGCCGACAUGCUUCUGGGCAUCCUGGUCAUGCCCGUCUCCAUGGUGACCAUUCUCUAUGGUGAGUGA